CUAGAUGAAAAAGAGAGAUUUGACCCGUCCCAAUUUCAGGAAAGCAUUGUGCAAGGUCUAAAUCAAAGCGGCUCUGAUUUAGAAGCUGUUGCAAAGUUCCUUGAUGCAUCUGGUGCCAAGCUCGAUUACAGGCGAUAUGCGGAGACCCUGUUCGACAUCCUGGUGGCUGGAGGAAUGCUCGCCCCAGGGGGUACUCUGUCUGAAGACGUGAUCUGCGCAGAAUGCUGUGUCUUCAAAGCACAAGAGGAUAUGGAGACCAUGCAAGCGUAUGCGCAGGUUUUUAACAAGCUCAUCAGGCGUUACAAAUACUUGGAGAAGGGAUUUGAGGAGGAAAUCAAAAAGCUGCUGCUGUUUCUCAAGGGCUUCACAGAGUCUGACCGCAACAAACUGGCCAUGCUCACGGGUAUUCUGCUGGCCAACGGCAAUAUCUCCGCAUCCAUCCUCAGCAGCCUUUUCAACGAAAACCUGGUCAAAGAAGGUGUUUCAGCUUCCUUUGCUGUGAAACUCUUUAAAUCCUGGCUCUCCGAGAAGGACAUUAACUCAGUGUCUGGCAGUCUACGGAAGGUUGGCAUGGACAGCCGACUUCUGGAGCUGUUUCCAGCUAACAAACGCAGUAGUGAGCACUUCUCAAAGUACUUCAACGAUGCAGGGCUAAAGGAGCUUUCAGACUUUGCCAAAAACCAGCAGUCCAUAGGUGCACGCAAGGAGCUACAGAAAGAGAUUGAAGAUCAGAUGUCACGAGGGGAUGCCCUCAAGGAUAUUAUCGCGUACACCCGAGAGGAAAUGAAGAAGAGCAACAUCUCAGAGCAGACAAUGGUUGGGCUGAUUUGGUCCAGUGUGAUGAGCUCCGUGGAGUGGAACAAGAAGGAGGAGUUGGUCGCAGAACAAGCCAUUAAACACUUAAAGCAAUAUAGCCCGCUGUUGAAGGCUUUUACCUCCCAGGGAUUCUCUGAACUCACGCUUCUGCUGAAGAUCCAGGAAUAUUGCUACGACAACAUCCACUUUAUGAAGGCCUUCCAGAAAAUCAUUGUUCUCCUCUACAAAGCGGAUGUCUUAAGCGAAGAAGCAAUUCUGAAGUGGUACAACGAUGCCCAUUUGUCCAAAGGGCAAAGUGUUUUCCUGGAACAGAUGAAAAGCUUUGUUGAAUGGCUCAAGAACGCAGAGGAAGAGUCUGAGUCAGAGGAAGAAGAGGCAGACUGAGGAUGUCGUAUGACGAAUUCAGUGCAUCAUUUCAAUUUAACUUUACAUGAGAUUCUGUCCAAGGGUUGGGUUUUUUUUCUUAACAGAAGUCCCUUUAUGUCUUGUGUUUUUAUUCUCUACCUCUGCAUAUCUUUGUCAACUGUCAUAGAAGGGCUUUAAUAUUCUUUGGACUUGCUUCCUUUAUAAAUCAAUACUUGUACUUCUCUUUGUAUUUCUUAAAGAGCCUUUCUUGGUGGCAGACUGAGCUAAAUGGAGAAAAAUAUUCUAUUCCGACUUUUUUUUUUCUUCCUUUGUUGAAAGGCAGUUUCCUUUUAAUUUAGCCACUUUGAUGAGAAAUUUCACUGCUUUUUGUAUUUGGUUUUAGAGCUCAUAUUUGCAAAAGGCUUCCAUCUGUGUAACCAUGAUAUGGUGUUCAUGUAAAAGACAAACUGUUUUCUGACCUCGUUUUUAGAUCUCUGUCAGUGGUGUGACAACGUGGAAUUUACUGCCGGUUUUUAGAUUCAGUCUCCAUUACUGGGAAUGGAGCUUUGCCAUUUUACACAGUCUCCUUUAUGAUGGUAAUGUUGCCCCAAAAAUUAUGUUUUAAAAUUCUUAAGUGAGUUUUGUAGGGUUAUGGCUUUUAUCAAACAUUUUAAAAUAAAUAAGUAAAUUU